AGGGACCCUGAGAUUGAAGAACCAUGUUAUGCUCUCCAAUCUAAAACCUAACCUCCGCGGACUGACCGAAAUUCCUCAUCAAUCGGCGCGUGUACGGCGCGCCUGCGGCACUUGCUUAGGGAUGACCAACGCGCCGGAAACAAUGGUUAAGAUGUACAUUCCGGCUGUGAUGGACGGUGUCCCGGCGAUACUUUAUCAUCAAUCGAGUCUAAAAAAUGGCGGCGAGUGUUGCCGCUGCAACAGGCGCGUCGCUGUCGAAUCCCUACGGGAUUUCCUCGACGUCAUCUGCUUCGACUACAAGAAUGGAUUCGUCCAUAGACGAGAAGAGCUCUCGCCGCUGGCGGAGAGCCACAAUGCCGUUGUGACAAAUCUCAGAUUGUGUCUAAAUGUGGUGAGGUCACAUUGGGCCGAUAAUGGAAAGAGUCUACAAUUACUGAACAAGCGGGCAAUAAUCGGGCCGACCUCUCUGAGUCUG